CAUUAUGGAUGAGUCUCCGCUGUGCAUAUAGAUCUCCAAAAUGGCGUCAUUCGAACAGUGUUUAAAGUAUUCUCUCGAUAAUUGUCCUUUAUUUAAAGAAAAGAAGAUCACAUUGAAGGAGAAACAGAUUGAGACGUUGAGAGCAUUGUACGAAGAUCAUGACUGUGUGUCGGUAUUACCCACAGGCUACGGUAAAAGUGUAAUAUUUCAGCUCUUACCGUGGUUUUGUCAGCUGAAAAUGGAGAAACGGAAACCAAUGAGCGUGAUAGUCGUGUCCCCGCUAAAUUCCCUAAUCCAGGACCAAGUCAUUGCAAUGAGGAAGAAGGGAUUAAAUGCUUGCAGUUUGAACUUCACUGGUACUCAUGGCUCAACUUAUGAAGAUGCGGAAUGCGAGAACGAUGAGGAACAGGAUCAUGAAUAUGUUGAAAUUGAUGUUCCAUUUGAGCAACUGGAGAGAGGAGACUUUUGCAUGAUUUAUUGUCAUCCAGAGGCACUAUUGAAGACCAGAUUUUCUCGACUUCUUAGGUCUCAACUGUACCAAGAGAUCAUUUGUGCAGUAGUCAUAGAUGAAGUCCAUAUGGUUUCAGAAUGGGGAGAAGAAUUCCGUCCUGCAUUCCAGAAGCUUGGGGAGUUAAUGUUGCAUUCUAGAGAAGGCUUUGCAUUUAAUUCUGACAGCAACUGCUACACCCAAAUCAAUUGCAACUGUGGCAACAGAAUUGCUGGAAAAAGGAGUUCAUUUUCCAGUGACCAUAAUGGUGCCAGCUACGAUGGUGAGGAAAUCCCACAGAAUAGAAUGUAUGCUCAAUACCACAAAGAUUAUGCAGAGUCCAUGAAGAAAAUCAUUAUUCAGGAACUGACCAAAGAAACCCCUAAAGUCAGAUUAGUUUUGGCAACUGUUGAACUGGGAAUUGGGCUCAAUGCCCCAAGUGUUUCACGUAUCAUUCAUUGCAGGCCCCCAACAACACUGGAGAAAUACCUACAAGAAAUCGGUCGUGCUGGACGUGUUGGACAACCGUCAGUGGACCAAAGGAACAUUGUUGCUCCAUUUGUAGCAGAAAAUGACUCGUCAUUACUGACUAUAUAUGAUUUCUCCCGUCAAGUGUGA